AACGGGAUUAAACAGCUGAGAUUUUAGAGAGAUGGAACAGGAGGGUUUGAGGCGAUGUUUCCCGGUCUCCUCGCCUGAUUGGGCAGAGGAAAGAUGAUGUCAGACGACCGCAUGCGCCCCGGAUUGGAGAGAGCGGAGUAAACAAAGCCGCGAGGAGGAGGAGGAGAGGUCUCCACAUCUCCAGACAGUCCGACCGACACACCGAAUCCGACUUUACGCGCAGGAGAGGGCGGCCCCGGCGGCGUGUAUUCGUCUGCUAAAGGCUGAAAGUAACACUGACAGUCCCACUUUAAUGGGUGACGCGCUUAAAAGACUUUUGGGAAAGCUAAAGGGAAAUUUACCAUCGUCUUUUAAUCUGGACGCUGUGCAGUUUUCUCGUUUGAGUAAGAGACUGAUUCCCUAACUCCGGUCGCAACUGUCCGAAAAGUAUCGAAGGAAUCACUCUUUGGUGAUCUGCGUUAUUAUUGCGGUGCUGUGCGCAAAUGCAAUUAUGCGAAAUUAAAUUAGCGAAGUUAAAUCAGAGCAGAAGCGCGCCGGCUGUUCAACCCGGCAGUUUGGAGACAGUCUGAAUCGUUUGAAUCAGGCUUCAUAUUCCGAACAUGGUCCAAUAAUUGGAAGACAGAGAGAGAGAAAGAGAGAGACAGUAAAAAAUAAACAGUUAAAAAGACAUUUGGGACACUCUGAGGCGUAUUUGUGGGAACGUCUGCUUCUCACGUCCAGGUGUCCCGCCGAGCGGUGCGGAGUCUCCAGCUCAGGCCGGCAGCGCUGACAUGCUGCCCAAAGUCGAGACUGAAUCCCUGGGACUCUCUCGAUCGUAUGGAGAACAAGGGCACAUGCCAAGGAAUAUGCAAGCACCCCAGUUAAAAAUGAUGGACUACUCAUAUGACGAAGAUUUGGACGAGAUGUGUCCCGUGUGCGGAGACAAGGUUUCAGGAUAUCACUACGGACUUCUGACUUGCGAGAGCUGCAAGGGCUUCUUCAAGCGCACCGUCCAGAACAACAAACGUUACACAUGUAUAGAGAACCAGAGCUGCCAGAUUGACAAGACCCAGAGGAAGCGCUGCCCGUACUGCCGCUUCCAAAAGUGCCUCACCGUCGGCAUGAAGCUUGAAGCUGUGCGGGCAGACCGCAUGCGUGGCGGUCGCAACAAGUUCGGCCCAAUGUACAAACGUGACCGGGCCCUCAAGCAGCAAAAGAAGGCGCUGAUCCGAGCCAACGGCCUGAAGAUUGAAGCCAUGACCCAGGUGAUGCAAGCCGUGCCCACCGACCUCACCAUCUCCUCAGCCAUCCAGAACAUCCACUCAGCCGCAUCCAAAGGCCUUCCACUGAGCCAUCAUGCCGGCCACCACACUGGUCAUCACCACCACCACCACCACCAUCAUCAUGCCACUGCCCUGCCCCCCACAGACUACGACCGCAGCCCAUUUGUCACUUCGCCGGUCAGCAUGGCAAUGCCACCACACGCCGGCAGCCUGCAGGGCUACCAGGCGGCCUACGGACACUUCCAGGGUACACGCACCAUCAAGUCUGAGUACCCAGACCCGUACACCAGCUCGCCGGAGUCCAUCAUGGGCUACGCCUAUGUUGAUGCCUACCAGUCAGGCUCGCCACCCAGCUUCCCACACCUGAUUGUAGAGCUGCUUAAGUGCGAGCCAGACGAGCCGCAGGUUCAGGCCAAGAUCCUGGCCUACCUGCAGCAGGAGCAGGCCAGCCGAGGCAAACACGAGAAGCUCAACACCUUCGGCCUCAUGUGCAAGAUGGCUGACCAGACACUCUUCUCCAUCGUGGAGUGGGCACGCAGCAGCAUCUUCUUCCGUGAACUCAAGGUGGACGACCAGAUGAAGCUGCUGCAGAACUGCUGGAGUGAACUCCUCAUCCUCGACCACGUCUUCCGGCAGGUGGUGCAUGCCAAGGAGGGUUCCAUCCUAUUGGUCACUGGCCAGCAGGUGGACUAUGCAGUGAUUGCAUCACAGGCGGGAGCCACCCUCAAUAACCUGUUGAGCCACGCCCAGGAGCUAGUGGGCAAGCUACGCUCCCUGCAGCUGGACCAACGGGAGUUCGUCUGCCUCAAGUUCCUGGUCCUAUUCAGCUUGGAUGUGAAGAACCUGGAGAACUUCCACCUGGUAGAAAGCGUCCAGGAGCAGGUGAAUGCAGCGCUGCUGGACUACGUCAUGUGUAACUACCCGCAGCAAACGGACAAGUUUGGCCAGCUGCUUCUCCGGCUGCCGGAGAUCCGAGCCAUCAGCCUGCAGGCCGAAGAAUACCUUUACUACAAACACCUGAACGGCGACGUUCCCUGCAACAACCUUCUCAUUGAAAUGCUACAUGCCAAGAGAGCUUAGGAGGGGACUGCGCUACCCACAGUGCAG